AAAGAUUGCUUCAUAAGCUCCAUUGUAGGAUCUCUCCCAAAAUAAUCUGCACUGUCUUCUUUAUUAUUUGAAAUAAUUCCAUUUCCUAUUUUUGCCUAGCAUACAUGUAUUGCUAAUGUGCAACAAACAACUGCAUUUUCUCCUUUUGACAGUAUUCUUUUGUCUGUCCCUCAACCUUGAAUGCUGAGGAUCAUGAUGCCUGCAGGCAAGAAGCAUUUUCUCCGCAAUGAAAAUUUUCAGAUCCACACAUAACAUUCCUCCACACCUCUACUUUAUUCUCCAUCCUUGAAGGGUGCAGCUUGCGCUUGCGCUUAUCAUUUUUCUUAAUCAUUUUCAAGUUGGAGGAAUGGAAAUUGGCCAUGACAAUGACUAAAAGAUUCUAAUUGGAGGAUGAUGGCAAGAAAUUGGCGGAAUCGGAUGGUGUCCAAGUAUAGAUGAGUAAGCCCAUAACAAGAAUGAUUGCUCCUGCAACAAAUCCCGGUGGAAGGGAAGAUGCAACUCCAAGGUAUGGUAGUGGCAGUGUAAACACAUACACUGAUAUUGGCACUAUCACAAACAGUAGAUCCAGAGAUAAUGUUUUAGUUUGAUAAAUAUGUCAAAUACAAACCAAAAAGAAAAAAGAUAUGGAAUGAACAUAAAUUCUUAUGUGUGUUAGAAACAAGUGGGUCUCAUUACAAUAUAAGCAUCCAACCAAAAAGUUCUCUCUUUGAUUUCAAAUAUGAACGGGCAAGCCUGGUUCCAAUCAACAUGAGCAUCCGAAAGAAAAACCAAUUGAAAGCAGGUGGAGAAGCCUAUGGUAUAUAUAAGGACACAAGUUCUCUCUUUACUUUCCAACGUGGGAUUCCCUCUUAACAAUGUGAAAGGACUCCAUGAAGUUACCACAAGAAGAUCAGCACACUUAGAUAAGUUUGGGGAUAACUUCGUGCAAUACAAUACUCAAAAGAAACAAGUUUCAUAUGAUUAAAUGACCAUUUAGAAC